AUGGUUCAGCAAUCAGCAGAGGAGAUGGUAAGGAACGGAAUGGAACAAUUUCUGCUAGGAGGGCUUGAAGAUCUCCACAAGUUCCUGUCACGAGAGGCGAACCUUUCCCAAUGGAAUAGGAAUCAAUGCGGUUUUGUGUCAGAGUUUGCGAAAGGGAUUGAAGGGAUCGGGGCACACACCAAAGGAGCUGCGAAUAAGAUUUAUCAGAUCCUAGCCUUAAAACUCAGCCAUCCUCAUCCUGUCCAAGUCUUGAGUAUCUUUGCGUCAACUGAUACUGAUGACAGGACUAGAGAGAUGGCAAUCACACGACUUCACUCGUUACUUAGUGAUCACACUUCAGGCUUAGUGGAUAUUGAGGUUUCAGUGAUGAAAAGACUACAGCAAUUGCUCACCUAUUGCCUCAGGAAAGAAGGAACCUCCGACGAGAUGUUUGGGAUCCUCGGUCAGGUGGUGUUCCACGUUGCAAAGGAACUGUUUGAUUAUGAAGAGGACACUUGGUGCGCUCUAUGGGACUAUAUUGCAUUGGAAUGCAAAACAGUGAUAUACACGUCGCUAGACCCACCAGAAGAGUUGUUGUGUGAGAACAGUUGCUGGGUCUUGGCGUUUACCGGUGGAUUCUGUGUGGCCAUCAACUUGUUAGAAAUCACGAGUCAAGCUAAAGAUGUUGAGACGCUUGCUUGCAAGAUGAUAGAUUCAGUGAAAGAGCUUGUGAAAAGAGGAAUGGAGGUUCAACUUGUGAGGAGAGCUUUCAAAGAUCUUGAAAGCAUUGUGGAGAAACAAUGGUACUGGUACAUGGCUACCGAAUACAGAUUCGUUAAGGGUUUGUUCUCGGAACUCUGUGCUAUCGAAGGAUUGACUAUGGAAAUUCAUCUGAAUCCUCUGCUGUAUGAACCUUCUUCUUCCUCGCCUGCAUUGCUCAUUCAGCUCUACUUGAUGUCAUUAUUGGCUAAAGCAGCAGCUUCUUCUUCUUUUCGCCAUGUUUCUUCAGUCCUUAAGUCUUUUCUUGAACGAGCUGGUCUUGUUGAGUAA